GGGGAGCGAGCGCGCCCGACGCAGCGUGACAGCGGCCCGCGGAGCAGCCGCAAAGUUCCCGUUCCCCGGGCUGCGGCGCAGCCUCUGCCCUGCGCGGGCGCCUCCCUCCGCCUUGUGCCCGGCGCCUUGGUGCGGCUCGCGCGCUCAGAGCAGCCCCUCUGCAGCCUGGGGCGCCCCGGGCCCUGAGAGCCCAGCCGAGGUCUCGGGGGCUCCCAACAGAGUGUCUCGCGCUGUCUCAGGGGCAAGGUUAAGAAGCUGCUUUGAUUACGAAGAGAGUUUGACUCAGUUUGCCUAAUUCUUUUAACAGAAGAUGUUAAGUAAAAGUGAAUCCCAUACUUCAUGGCAGGAAUCAGUGAUUAGCUCGACCUGGCUGACUUACAUAUUAGAAGAAUGGAUUGGUGUGGAGUACCACUAUUUAUACUAUAUCGGCUUCAUCUGGUGUGUGUUAAACAUAAUAUUCUUUGCACCUUUUUUAAUUUUCAUAAGUGGUAGUUGCUUUAUAAAUCUUCUCCUGCACAUUUACAAGAAAAAGAAUGGCCUAGAUGAGGAUUUCUCCAAUAAGUCAUGGGACAACGGAAGGUUCAUGGUGGCAUCCAUACUUAAUAUGUGUGGAAAACUGGGGAACGGUUAUGAGCUUCAUGGUAUUGAAAAAAUUCCGGAAGGACCAGGGCUUAUAGUUUAUUACCAUGGAGCCAUUCCUUUAGACUACUGCUUCUUUAUCUGUAAUCUUUAUAUACAGACGGGAAGACUUUGUUACUCAGCAGUUGAUCGCUUCUUUGCUAAGUUACCAGGAAUAGAACUGCUUUUUAACCUGUUCCCUGCAGUACAUAGUGGAAGAGACGAAAGUGUUGAAAUUCUGAAGAAAGGCAACUUAUUGGGUGUCUCACCAGGUGGAAGUCGAGAAGCAUUCUUUAGUGAUGAAAACUACAACCUCCUGUGGGGUAAUCGCAAAGGCUUUGCUCAAGUGGCUAUAGAUGCAAAAGUGCCCAUCAUCCCUUUGUUUACACAGAAUAUUCGGGAAGGAUAUAGGACAUUUGGAAAAAUAGGGUUUUUCAGGUGGUUCUAUGAACGUUCUCGAGUGCUACUCAUUCCUGGAUAUGGAGGGUUCCCAGUCAAACUUCGCACAUACGUUGGAGAUCCCAUUCCAUAUGAUCCAAAUAUAACAGCUACGGAACUAGUUGAAAAGACAAAGAUUGCCAUUGAAACGCUAAGAGACAGACACCAAAAACUACCAGGAAGUAUACUAAGAGCUCUGUUGGAACGAUUUGAUAAACAUCAGAAAGAAGACUAGUGUGUUUAAAUAUAUAUGUUGUAACUUGUGGGAAGAAAAACUGUAGUUUUCUUAAAAGUAUAAGAGACUGCAAACUACAUGUAUCAAGCAUUCAAUCAUAUCACUGCCUUAAACUCUCUCUCUCAUGUGGUCUGGCAACUUCAAUCCAAAUAAUAAAAGAAAAAGAAAUUAAGAGGUUCAUUAUACGUAGAGAAAAUGAUUAGAGAUUCUUAAACCACAUGAUAGACAUUCUGACAUAAGAGUUAGAGCUCAGGUAACAUUAGGAGCACAUUGUGGGAAGUCUAUUAUAGAGGGAGUCGACAUCAGAAAACUUGUAUUUGGUUUGUUUCCAAUUGUUGAUAGGAGAAUACUGCCCAUGUACAGACCAGAUGAGAGAGAGAGAGAGAUACACACUCACACUCUGGGUGUAACACACUUGUAACUAUAUUUUAAUAUUUAAUAAAGGUGCACAUAAAUGUAUAAAAGGUAAAGUUAUGAUUUAUCAAUAUUGCCUUUGCAUUAAUGUUGAGUGUUUUCCCUUAGUUGUUUUCCUUUGAACAAAGCCUUUGUUUAAUUUUAAAACAUUGCAAUUGAAUUAAUAAUUGAGGAAAACUAUAUGUACAUAUAUCUGAGGUCCUUAUGAGCUCUGCAAAAAAAAAAAUGGUACUCUGGUUAAAUAGUGUGAUACCACUGUGACACUGCACCCCAUAUUCAUCAUAGUGGUAUGAUUGUGAUACGAUACAUCUUGUGAGAUUUAUAUGGAAAAGUUAUGAUUUGCUGAAUAUGAUUAUCCUACUUGUGUGCGUGUAUCAUUCUGUAUCUGAAGUUAUGAGUAUUGACUAUGUAGCUGAGUAACACCCACAACUAGCUUUUCAGGUACAACAAUGAAGAUGCUAUACAGCUAUAACGUUUCAGCCAGCCUGCGAGUAAUGGCUGCUAUGACUCAGCAAGGUGUUUGGGUUUAUUUGCUAGGUCAGCUGUUUUGAUCUGUUUGCUCUCACUUAUAAUCACUUAAAAUCUCUUUCUGUAGUUGAUAAACUGGUUUUAUGCUCUGUCUUAACCAGUGUGUUUUGAGUGAAGUGUCUGGGAGAAUCUCAGCUCUGAACAAAGGCUGUUGUAUAUCUUUCCCACAUCAAGGGGGAAGCAAAUAUAUUAUUGAGCUUA